UUUAAGCAAGAUAGCACCUAUGCCGUACAGUACACGGCGUCGGUUCUCUGUUUUCUAGCUUGAUCGAAGACUUAAUCACAUGUUUGGAGAACUAAACGCAUUUGCGAAGCAAAGUCUGACAUCAAACGGAGCUCAAGCUUCCUGACUUCAUCGAACAAAAGCCUAGACAGUGAUAUGUCUCACAGCACUAAUUCCGGGUGGUCAUACAAGCGACGUUCUGGUUUGCUGUUGAGUUGGGGCUGUGGAGAAUUUGGUCAACAUGGUCACAACCACCACAGUGAUGUAUCAUUGGCCGACAGCGAGCUGAAAUUUUUUAUUAAGAGAAAAGCAAAGAUAAAGCACAUGGCGUGUGGAGCUUGUCAUAGCAUCAUUGUUACUGAUGAUAACGAAAUCUACACAUGGGGAAAUGGCAACAGUGGACAGUUGGGCAACAAUGACAAUAAGAAUUAUAGCUUGCCGCAGAGAAUUAAGUUUGAUGUGUUGCUUGAGCCUGUGACUCAGGCUGUGGAUUGUGGCAGUCGGCACACGGUUGUGGUGACGGAGAGUGGUCGUGUGUUUACGUGUGGGAAUAACUUUGAUGCUCAAUUGGGAUACGAUUUUAGGAUGGGUGGUUACAAGCAGCAUCAGUUCAAGUUGCAUCUUUUGAGAUCGCUGCAACACCAGAAAGUUGAUCAUGUUGCUUGUGGAUCUCGACACACGUUGUUCUUGCUUAGGAAUGGAACAUUAGCAUCUUGUGGGAGCAAUGCAAAUGGUCAGCUCGGUCACACAGACGUCACGGACUGUGUUGUCCCACGAGUUAUCGAAGAUCUCGAUUUUGUCAGAAAUAUUGCAUGUGGAUUGAGCCACUCGCUUGCCAUUACAAGCAAAGGGCAUGUGUAUGUGUGGGGGUGUGGCAAGGCUCUUGGUCGAUCGAAGGAUGUGCCACGGCCGAGGCAUUUGCGUUUGUCGAGGAGGAUUGCGGAUAUUGCUUGUGGUCACAUGCAUUCGGUCUUGCUGUCAGGUUCUGGCCACAUAUUCACAUUUGGAAAUGGAACAGAAGGUCAGCUUGGUCAUGGGGAAGAUACCUUGAGUCUUUCGUCUCCUACUGAGUUGCAACUUUCGUGUGCAAUUGCGUCUGUUUCGGCAGGAGAAUGUUUUAAUGCUGCAGUAUCAGCUGAUGGAGAGCUUUACAUGUGGGGAAAGAACGUCAAUUUUGUUAUCUCAGAUGAGAUUUCUGCAACAGUUUGGAUACCAAAACACAUCAAUAUGCAGGAAAGACCCAUAGCAAAGGUCGUAUGUGGUGCUUGGCAUGUAAUGGCACUGACAGGCAUGCCAGGCUGGGAAGCCGUCCAAGACAGCGACAUCACCCAAGGCGAGACCGACAGUGACACCUUCACGGACGUUUCCACACCCGAACCUUCCAACGUUGUGUCACAAUCACACUCGAUAUCGUCAGCACGUCGCACUGCAGACUGUGUGCAAAUAUCAGAGGAAAUUGAAGCGACCACGGACGAGGAGAUCGCACCAGAGCCUCUCGUUCUACCGUCACUAGCAGUCGCUUGUGUGGACACUCCACCUCGUGUGUCGUCUCCCAUGAAAACGACUCAGGAAACGAGCCGACCGGCCAGCCAAGUUAGUCACUGUGCGUCUUGUGCGAGGUCUCAGGCUUCUACAAAUCGUCAGCCUGCAUUAUCAAAUAGAUCGAAACAGAUCGCAUUGAGAGGCCAUCGUGUGCAGACUAGACUCGCUGCCGUACCGAGACCCUUACUGAAGACAUCGAAUAUCGAUUUAAUGUUACAUCCGGGUAUUUUAACAACGGUUGUGGCGUCACCGGGUAUUAUUCCUGGACAAACGGAAUCGAAGUUGAAGAGGCGGUUUGUGUCAAAGAAGACACAGCAGACUAUGAGUCGACCUACUGGAUUGCUCGAGAUGCAUGGAAUUCGUAUGGAGACGUCGCUGAGAGACGCACUUGGGACGACGUCGAUGCCGAGCAUGUCGGACACGCCGGUUAUGGAUGUCGAACAGAAAAGGCCGUCGACGAUCUCAUCGGGAGAGACUCGGCGAUCAGUCAAUGUAGCAACUCCAUAUAUGGCAAAGGGUUUGAGUCAGUGGAGUCGGCAUGUGUCGGACUCGGUUAAUACCAACAACUUGCAUACGUCGAGUAGGAGGGGUGGUCGGAGUAGGCCUGUGGGGAGAGACAAUUGGAUUAACCAGAAACACGAAGGAAUGUGGAAGCAGUCGAGCGUUCACAGGAACGAGAACAAACGGAGACCAAUCGGAGUGUCGCUGUCUGGUUGGACGUCUUCGUCGUUUGGAAAACACUAAUUAAUUGACUGAAAUUUAUUACAAAAAUUGAAUGCACGGACUGUGCGUGUACUGUACUAUUUUGAACUUAAUUAACUGGUAGUCGUCACUUUUCUUUGUAUUUAUUCUAUUUUUAGAAAUAGACUGAUUGAUAUUAACUAUUUUAUUGGUUACUUUAGAUUUUUUAUUACUUAUGCACAUGCAGGAAUUAGUAUAUUUGCAUUGCACACAUUAAUAUUAAUGUAUCAUAGUUGUACAGUACUU